AAGCAUGAAAUACUAUUUUCCACGAUUAUCGAAUAAAAUUUUUCAUUACAAUUAGUACAAUGAAGUUCUGCGUCCAUUUAACCGAAAAAAGUGAGGUUAGGAUCAUCCUUUUCCGGUCCUAGGGGCGUGAAUAAAUAAUUCAACGGCUGAGUCCUACGACCUGACUCCUUAUUUAUACUCCUGAAACAUCCAACUCCAAAGAAUUGUUAAGAGACAAAUUUAGGACGAAAAAGUAGAGAGAAAAAUCUUGUUACAACAUUUUUAAACACAUGGGCCCCAGAACCUAUGCUACAAUCAAACAUCUUACACAACAGCGACUACAGUGCUGCAGGUGCAGCGUGCAGGUUCCCCGCUGUCUUCUCCCACCUUUUCUUCGGGGCGAUGCCAUGCCAUGACGCAUUGUGGUUUGAUCAGUCAUUGAGCGUUACGUCCACUAGUUCAUGUCUCACCUCCCCGUGUUUACGUGCCCCCACGUUUGCCUGAAAUUGUUUUUCAAUAUUUUCGAAUGUUUUUCUUAAUAGUGUGAGCCAAGAUGAACCGUUCUAACCCGAUGAGUCGGUAUUUGUUGAUCCUGUGCCUGUUCGCUGCUUCCUUAGCACCAGCUAGAGCAAUUGAGUGUUACCGAUGCGAGAAUACGAGCGGUAAAAACCCGUUUCAGUGUAAUGAGCUCCUAUCAGACGAUAUCGAUAUGGUACCAGAGCCCUGCGAUGAUGUCUUCGGAGCUCAGUAUUGUGUCAAACAUGUGGGACGUUUCGAGGCACUCGGCAUAAAGUGCUAUCAGUGCACAUCAGCCACUGAAUGGACCUGUGGGGAGGGCUUUCUCACUGAGGAGGCACAACAACCUGAUAGCUGUGAUCAUGUAUUUGAUGCUCGGUAUUGCAUUAAAACCACUGGACGUUAUGGAGGAGGCAUUGGAACGAAACGUUACUGCUCAUCAGUUCACAUGGGGAACUUUUGCGAUUACGUAGAACACGUCGGUGAUUCGUUGGAAUACAGGACCUGCAUCUACACCUGUUCCUCAGACGGUUGCAAUCCAGGGAAUCGAGUUACAAGUUCAGGAAUCUCCUUGAUUACGAUCGUCACACUUCUGUACACGUUCAGUAGAUGAGCAUGAACAAAAUAAUCGUUUAAAUCCGUCCUAGACUCUCAUAUUUUAAGUGAAUAUCAUUCCGUCCCGAUACAGACAUUAGAAGACAAUUUUUUGUCAGUGAUACGUCAUUUCAAAAGAGCAACAUUCCAAACGUUUUGAAAGGGGGAUUUUGCUUUAGAGUUUUAUUCAGGAGCAUAUUAUCGACCGGGGAAAAAUUCUGACGACCCAAAACUUCUAGUUGAGAUGUUGCCAUUGAAAUGUCGUGCACUAGACAAGUGGAGCAUGUUUAUUUACUGCUCUAGAAUUUUUACAAGAUUUUAUACGAAUAAUUAUGUAAGUAAACUAUAUGUUGGCAUUCAACGUAUUAAUUUCAGGGUAUUAGACACUGAUGACGAGCCAUUAAUUCUUGAAUUAUUUAUAGACUCGAAAGAAAAUGUGAAAAAUAACAUGCAUCUUCAUAUUACGAACACUCGACUUCUUUAUUCUGCACAUAACCUACAAAUUAUAAAAUGAUUCGGAUUUAUAUUUCUACAAAUGUAUAUCAAUUUGUACGUACAAAUACUAAGUGUUUUAGCGUGAUUGUGUUUUUUUAAAAUUAAAUGAAACAGUUCUGGUCGUUUGUUGAAUUAUAAAAUAUUCUGAAUAUAUGAAUCGACACUUUC